AUGGCAUGCUCUCAUUCUUCUGGCUUGGUACCUCCCUCCGGUGUCUGGUGCCCGGCCGUGACAUUCUUCGAGCCCAGGACCGAUACUCUCGAUUUGGUGUCCCAGAAGAAAUACUAUGCCCAUCUCAGCACGACAGGUCUUGCAGGUCUGGUGAUUCUAGGCACCAAUGCUGAGGCCUUUCUCUUGACAAGGGAGGAACGAUUUCGACUGAUUCAAGCUGCCCGGCAGGCAGUCGGGCCAGAAUUUCCCAUCAUGGCCGGUGUGGGCGCACAUUCGACCGGCCAGGUGCUACAACUGAUCAACGAUGCGGCUCAAGCGGGCGCAAACUACGUUCUUCUUCUUCCAGCGGCAUACUUUGGCAAAGCGACCACACCAGAGGUCAUCCAGGCGUUCUACGAUCAGGUGGCUCAGGCAUCCUCGCUGCCCAUUCUCAUCUACAAUUUCCCUCAAGUCUGUAACGGGGUCGACCUGGACUCAGAACUGAUUACCAAGAUAGCGAAGCGGCAUCCCUCCAAGAUUGUUGGCGUCAAAUUGACGUGCGGCAGCGUUGCCAAAAUCGUCCGCUUGACAGCGAAUCUACCGCCUUCGGAAUUUGCUACGUUCGGUGGCCAGUCAGAUUUCCUGGUCGGGGGUCUCAGCGUGGGCUCUGCUGGCUGUAUUGCUGCCUUUGCAAAUGUCUUUCCCCGGACUGUUUCUCGGAUAUACGCGCUCUACAAGCAGGGGAGAACCGAAGAGGCUCUGGAGUUACAUCGCAGGGCUGCGUUGGCAGAGAGCCCAAUCAAAGCGGGAAUCGCAGUCACCAAAUAUGCAGUCGCACGCUUCUCCGCCCCCAUGGCCGGUAUAGAAAGCGCUGAAGAGAAGCUGUGGCCGCGGCGACCUUACCAGCCGCCGUGUGAGGCAGCAAAGGCUGGCAUUGAGGCAUCCAUGGCCUCAUUAUGGGAGACUGAGAAGAGCUUAGAUUACGCACAUAGUGUACUCCGAACGGUCGACAAUCCGAAGUUGUGA